AUGCAGCUCAAUUACUUCAUUAAAGUUUUGGGCAAGCCCAAAGCAAAUGGCCAAAAUUUCAUUAGUGAAAUAGCUACAAUCGGAAGGAUUCACCAUGCUAAUGUGGUGCACCUUGUUGGCUAUUGUGUCGAGGGAUCAAAGCGUGCUCUAGUAUAUGACUUCAUGCCCAUUGGCUCUCUUGAUAAAUACAUUUAUUCCAAAGAAGGGAAUCUCCCCUUAACUAUCAAGAACAUUGUCUCUUUGACGGCAGCACAGGGUACAAUGGGAUAUAUUGCUCCUGAGUUGUUCUGCAAAAGUAUUGGAGGCGUCUCAUACAAGGCCGAUGUCUAUAGUUUUGGAAUGUUGUUAAUGGAAAUGGCAAGCAGAAGGAAGAAUUGGAAAGCAACGGUAGAGCAUUCCAGCCAAAUCUUCUUCCCGUUGUGGGUGUACGAUCAGUAUACUGUGGGAAAUAACUUGGAGAUGGACAAUGUUACAGAGGAGGAAAAGAAAGUAAUAAGAAAGAUGGUUAUAACCGCCUUGUGGUGUAUUCAAAUGAAACCAAGUGAUCGCCCUUUGAUGUCCAAAGUCAUCGAAAUGCUUGGAGGAGAUGUUGAGUGUCUGCAAAUGCCUCUCAGGCCUUCUCUAUGCCCACAAGAGACUCAUGUGACUAUGGGUGAUAUUCAAGACAAUAAAUUGAACCCAAUAUGUUCUAACACAGAGCUAACAUCUUCAUUGUCAGCUACGUAA